AUGGCAUCCGAAGGCGUGACCCAUAUGAUACCAGUUGACUCGUUUCAGGUUAAAUGGGAGAAGUUCGCUGCCAGAGCCGGCUUCAAGGAUGCUGCCGCCGCCAGAGCUCACUACGAACCAUUCCUCAACCACGAUCGCCCGAAACCCUCCCUGACCGGCCGAGAAAAUUUCCACAAUGCCGAGAACUGUUCCAAGCAAAUCCAGCCGUGCAGCAUCUCCACCCGCGAGAGCAUCGCCGACCCCAAGCAAUUACAUCCGCCUCCCGCGAUUCCUAUCUCAGCACGAUACGCUUUGCGGUACGUUGCCGGCAGCGAACAUGGCGUCGCGCAGCUCGUCGGCCCUCUAAACGUUGCCAAGUUCCAGCAGGCACAUCGAUCUGGGCAACCUGGCUACGCUGUCCGAUACACUCCGUACAUUAUAGAAACCACUCGCUCUGUCUUGGGAAGAUCUGCAAUAGCAUUUUUUUCCGACGUUGAUUUCGAUAAUGCCGACACGACGCCCUCGCUCGAUAUGUUCACCGAGAAAGUCAAUAUCUCCAAGGAUAUCGAACAGCUGAUCACCCUCGAACUGGACGGAAAGUAG